GAAUAUACAUAUUAUUUAUUUCUUUUUAAGAUGAGGAAGGUCUUCCCGUGGCUCACCAACGUGUCUCUGUACGGCUGUCUGUUCGCCGGCGGGGAUCUUCUCCAUCAGCGCGUGACGCACAAGGACACCGGCGAGCUGGACUGGAAGCGCACCAGGAACGUGGCGCUCGUGGCGUUCUGUUUCCAUGGUAACUGGAACUACUUUUGGCUUCGAGCGCUCGAGCGCCGGUUCCCGGGACGGUCCGUUGGCACGGUGCUCACCAAGCUGGCUCUGGAUCAGAGCUUUUCCUCGCCCUUAGCGACCAGCGUUUUCUACACAGGCGUGAGCGUGCUGGAGGGCAAAGAGGACGUGUUUGCGGACUGGAGGGAAAAAUUCUUCAACACAUAUAAGACAGGACUAAUGUACUGGCCCUUCAUGCAGUUCCUGAACUUCGUGUUGAUGCCACUGUACCUGCGCACCUUCUUCAUGGGCUGCUCUGCGUUCCUGUGGGCAGGCUUCCUGUGUUUCUCGCAGCAGAACGGUGACGGCACUGCGGCCUCGGCUCUCACCUGGAUAAACACCUCAGAGAAACAGAUCCUGAACCGCAGCACUAACGAGGAGAAGUGAUGAACAUGUAGGCACAGAGGAACAGCGACCCUGGUGCCUUCACUCACGCUACAGACAUGUACAGACGCUGAACUGACGCUUAUUCAUUAAUACACAUAUAGAAACCUGUAAUGUCACGU